CAUGACACCCCGAAUUAAAGUGAUAUUCAUGUAGAAAAUAAACAAAUAUGAAUUUAUAAUAUAGCAUUUGCAUAGCAGGGCAGCACAUUCCUUAUGUAACAAAGAGUUUUUUGUAUUUUCCUUGUCAGGUGGCAACGUGGUGAGCAGAGUGUGCGGCUGCGUGUGAAUGGUAAUUUUAAGAAGGAGAAAAAAGGCGGCAAAGCAAAUGCAAUUGUCCAAGUUUGUUGUGCCGUACUUGUUGUUUAGUGGUGGUUAUUGCUGUCAUGGCGUCCAUAUUUGGUGAAGACGGGGUUGACGACCUGUUCAAUGACAAUAUUGGUAAUGACAAUGAUCAACUACCAAGCGAUGGUGAAGCCGAUGCUGGUGAGAAAUUGUUUGGAGAUGAACAGGAGGAGGAGGGCGAAACGGCUGACUGCGCCGGCGCAGCGACAGCAAUAAAGCUUGAGCCGAAAAAACGCGCCGUGCGUAAUCCACGUCCUCGUCUUACUGUGGACACAUUGCGUGGUCCACGCGGUCUGCACACCAUAGAGGAUUACUACAAGGAUAUGAAAUAUAAAGGAAAAGGUUACGAAAAAACAGAUCUGGAUGAAAUACUGCGCCGUUUGCAGCACUGGGCCCAUCGCAUGUAUCCUAACUACACAUUCGAUGACGUGCUGAACAAUAUAGAACGUCUGGGCAAAAAGAAACCGCUUCAUGUGCACAUGGCUCGAUAUCGUCUCAACCAGCUGGAAGAGAUGCGUCUAAACCAGCAUGAGCUGCAAGAUAACGACGAUGAGCAACAGGAAGUGCUGGCCGAUGAACCCUUUGAUGAGUUUGAUGCUCUAUUGGGCGAGCAAAUUGCCAUGUCCAAGUUGGCGCCGCGCACCCCAGCACCUAAUCGUAGCAUAGCAACUAACAAUAGCACCUUGGUCACGCCUUCAUUUUCACGUAAUGCAGUAGUGAGCACGCCCUACUCCGUGGCUUCUCCCAUAGCCGAAGCGGACACAAGCGAUUACCAACCACUGCCACCCUCUCAGCCUGCUACGCCUAAGUUGUCAACGGAGCAGAUGGCGCGUAUUGCAGAGAAUCGUCGCCUUGCCCAGGAGCGACUACGUGCCAAGCAACAAAUGGAGGCAAACACUUAGUUUAAAAAAGAAU